AAGUUAAUAAUUAAGUUGCAAAGAAAAUGAGAACAGAAGAGCCAUGAUGAUGUUAGUGACUUACAGAUAGCUUCAUGAAGGUAGCAAUGUAAAAACUGUAAUUUCACACUCAAAGCUCCUCCGAAUCCAUCAUUUCUCAUCUGAGCGCCGACGUCACCUGCGGCCUGAGAAGCCGUUUCCUUGGCAGCCUCAGCCUUAGCCCGGUGUUAAUUAAAUAUUCUACAUUGAUCCUGCAAUUGAAGCCUUAUCUGAAGCUGUAUGAGAGGCCGUGUUGAGUUUCUAUUCAGCUUGAUUGUAAGUAUCUCCAGCUUUGUCUGUGCUGAAUUAGUACUGCACAUUGAUUCAGCCAUUCUUUCUUUUGCAUCUUAGGCCAUGUUGGAAGCUUUGUCCUUAACUUUAUCAAUAUGCAUUGGCUGCGCUUUAUCUGAAGCCAUGGUUAUCAUUUGGCUGCUUUAUGGAUCUCCUGCAUAUCCCACUGCCCUUGAAAUUGUCUCUUUUGCACCGUGAGACUUAUCUGCAGCCAUCCCUGAAACCAUGUUCAUUUUAUACUGGCUUCAUCAUAUAUAUGCACUGCAUGCUUCAUCCAUUCCAUACUUGGCUGAUGACCCUACAAUUGUUUCUCUGGCAUGAUAGGAAGCCAUGGUCAUAUUUUUUUACUCAGCUCCAUAUCAUAAGCAUAAGCUGCUUUAUCCUUCCCAUAUCUCAUUGCUCCUGCUGCUGACUCUCUAGCAUCUGAAGCCAUAUCAGGCAUGUUAAGCUUCUGGUUAGCAUUACCAUAUGCUGUUGCCGCUUUAUAUUUCCCAUAUGCCACUCCUCCGGCUGUUGUCUCCCUGGCAUCAUCAGCCUUAUCUCUGUAGCCAUUCUUAUAACUUGGUCUGCCUUGUCAGAAGCAUGCAGGACCCAUCUUUUCAGUAGUCAUAUCUGCUGCCUUCCUAGCAUUCCGUGCAGCAUGUUCUUGGAUUAUGUGCACAUAUAUAUGGAACCAAACAAGAAAGGAAAAUUAUAUUU